AUGGAUUUGAAAAAGAAAAUGAUAAUUUUGGAAUUAGCAAAUGUGUAUGAGUCCCUGCUGCUGCAAGUGUCUGAGCCUGUGAAUCCAGAGCUCAGUGCAGGGCCCAUCACUGGACUGCUGGACAGGCUCAGUGGAUUCAGAGUUUAUUUUACUCUGCAGCCUGAAAGAGCCAAUAGUCAUAUCUUCCUGUGUGGAGAUUUGAGAAGCAUGAAUGUUGGAUGUGACCCUCAAGAUGAUCCCGAUAUCACUGCAAAAUCUGAAUGUUUUCUUGUAUGGGGGGCUCAGGCUUUCACAUCUGGCAAAUAUUAUUGGGAGGUUCAUAUGGGGGACUCUUGGAAUUGGGCUUUUGGUGUCUGUAACAAUUAUUGGAAAGAGAAGAGACAGAAUGACAAGAUAGAUGGAAAGGAGGGACUCUUUCUUCUUGGAUGUGUUAAGGAGGACACUCACUGCAGUCUCUUUACCACCUCCCCACUUGUGGUGCAAUAUGUUCCAAGACCUACCAGCACAGUAGGAUUAUUCCUGGAUUGUGAAGGUAGAACCGUGAGCUUUGUUGAUGUUGAUCAAAGUUCCCUGAUAUACACCAUCCCCAAUUGCUCCUUCUCACCUCCUCUCAGGCCUAUCUUUUGCUGUAGUCACUUCUGA